GCGUACGUCCCUCCCAUCAUGGCGUACUGGUGAUAGAUAGACUUCCAUUAACCUCUGGCCACUUUCUUCGAAUCUCAUUUAUCGACGCUCCUUGACCAUCCUGAUACCCCCUUUUGCGCGAUUCUUCUUUUCAUUUUGUCGCCGUUUCAUCGAAUCUCGUGAUCAAUACCAGCAUCAUGGCUGGGGGCUACGAGCGGGUCAACGCUCACGACGAAGAGGACCAUGGCCUCUCUCAACCGACCCCGUUCUCGCCACCACCCUCAUUCCACUCCCGCUCGUCAUCACCCAACAGUCGACGACAUCAACAGGUCGACUCUACCCUCGCCGACGCUUUCGACGACGACGAUGACAACACCGACGACGAAUCCGACGACAGGCAGCGUUUAGUGAGGCAGAAUUCCAUGCCUAAUAAUGCCGGAGCCUCAUCGCCCGCCGUCGCACAACCAAGUCAUCACUUUGCGAACCCAAAUGCCGAUAACGUACAACGCACUACGAGGGUCAUGGGCGGUGGAAACGCAACCGAUGGUGUAUUCGCGAACAUGUCUGCCAGGCCCGAGAGGCAGGAUGCGGAGAAGGAAGAGCAACCACCCACCUAUGAGCAAGCUGCUGCCGACGCAGUGCCACCAUAUUGGGAAACGACCAUUUUCGCGCCCGGCCUCGGCGGUGCCGACGAGGUCUAUGUCGACGGUCUCCCCGUUGGCUCUGUGUUCUCCUUCAUCUGGAAUGGCAUGAUCUCGACCUCCUUCCAACUCGUCGGCUUCCUGCUCACGUACCUGCUCCAUUCGACCCACGCUGCCAAGAAUGGCUCCCGCGCCGGCCUCGGCAUCACGCUGAUUCAGUAUGGGUUCUAUAUGAAGGCUGCCCCGGUCGGUGAUGCCCCCUCCAACAUGGGUGGCCAGGAUGGCUACGCCGCGCCACCAGAUCCCAACUCGCACGACUUCGACGAGCACGAGGUCACCGACGGCGGCGACAGUCUGGAUUUCUCAGGCGGUGAUUGGCUCGCGUAUGUUUUGAUGAUUGUGGGCUGGUUCAUUUUGAUCAAGAGCACUGUGGAAUAUCUCAAAGCGAGGCGGCACGAGCAGCUGGUGCUCCAGACCCACGAUCGGGGUCUGGGUGUGCCGGUCAUUGCGCAGGACGAGACGCCCGACAGAGUUGUCUAAAGCCCUUGUUGAAUUUUCAUCGUUUUCUUCUUUUUCGGCAUCAUGGUAGCAAUGGGAGUAGAGGUGGCGUUUGGGUUGGAUAAAUGGGUUACGUAUACUACACGGCUAGCGCCUUUUCUUUCAUAAGUAUGGUUACAGAAAUGCUGAUUCCUUCAUAAUGCAGAAUUGCCCCUUGGGACUGUAUCAGACUUGUGCUUGGCCACUGUGCUACGCGUUGUGGUAGGAAGGUAGUCUAGAUUGUCGGAUGAU